AUGACCGGCACAAACGAGGACUUCGAUCUCCCCCGUUGGCACACCCAGUCCAUGCACGACAACCUCUCUUCCUCGGCGCAGGCGGCCCAGUCGGCGGCACAGGCGUCGUACAUCUACCCCCAGGGCCCGCCACCACAAGCACCGAAUCGUCUGCCGCCCAUCCACCAGCCGCCUUCAAGCUCUUCAAGGCAGCCCCGCAUCAACCAGCUCCUCGAUGAAGAUCAGCAGUACAGUCUCAACACGUCUCCGUACUCCACUGGUGGACUGGCCCGUAGUCUCUCGCUGGGGAAUUCGUCGAACGCUUCAUCGAGGGGACGUCGGCAUCAUCUUCAAGAUGACCUGGAGGGUGCGUUCCAUGUAGACGGCGACACGAGCCAGAGACACACACCGCAAUCUCUCUAUCCGCCGCCCAUUGCCUACCCCGGUGCUCCGCAGGGUGGAGGAUCCAACUCGGCCGGGUCUGCGGGUGCUGCUGAUCCGUAUCAGGAUGCCUAUUACGCCGGUCCUACGAUCCACACGCCCAAGAGAAGCCAAACGCAGCACGAUUCUAGCUCGUCGCGGGCCCCCCGGUCUCCGCAUAGGGCUCCGCAAUCCAACAGUCUGCUCGACCCGUACUCGCCACAGCAGUACUCCUCGCCGUCAUCGAACUCUUACCCGUACUCGCCGACGACGGAGCAGAAACCGUUCAUCGGAGGUGCGUAUCAGACAGGCGAGCAGAAGCCGUUUGCGGGGAGUGGCUACCAGACGACGGACCAGAAACCGUUCGCCACGAGCGGUUACCAAUCACAAACCCAUUCGCGCUCGCACUCGCAGGUCAAGCGGGAGGCGGUUUCGCCGCCAGUACCCGCGUAUUCGCCACAAUCCGGUGGACCGCCUUCUCUGUACUCGGGCGGCUACUCCACGGAUACCACCAGUCCCGCGCCAUCUGCGAAUAGUCUAUCGGCGCAACGGCACCCCCGCAGACAUCCGUGUCGCAACCGGCGACGCCUUUGCGUUCAGUCACUCUCCGCACGGCUCGGCCCAGUUUUUCGCACAAGAACACCAACCUAUGACUGUGGAACCACCACCGCCGAAGCGCAGAGCGUCUGGCCUGAGACGUAUACGUGA